AUGCGUGAAAAAACAACGCAGUUUCUGAACCCGGAGAGCGUUGCGUCUUUGGAGUCCUGGCUGCAGAGAACGGCCACCAAACUGGUCCAAGUCAACGGGCAGAGGAAGUAUGGCGGCCCACCUCCUGGCUGGACCGGACCGGAACCGGGCCCGGGCUGCGAGGUCUUCAUCAGCCAGAUCCCGCGGGACGUGUAUGAGGACCGCCUCAUCCCGCUGUUCCAGCGCGUGGGCCCGCUCUACGAGUUCCGGCUGAUGAUGAACUUCAGCGGGCAGAACCGGGGCUUCGCCUACGCCAAGUACGGCGUCCCGCAGCUGGCCGACGCCGCCAUCCGCCUGCUGCACCGGCACGAGCUGCGGGAGGGAGCCCGCCUGGCGGUGCGCAGGAGCACGGAGAAGAGGCAGCUCAGCCUCGGGGAGCUGCCCCCGGGCGUCGACCGCGAGAGGCUGCUGCAGGUCCUCCGCGGCCUGUCCGACGGGGUGGAGACUGUCACCUUCAAGUUCGGGAAGGGCAAGAAGAAACUCACCGCCGUCGUACACUACAGCUCUCACCACUGCGCCACGCUGGCGAAGAAGGUGUUGUGUGAAGCUUUCCAGAAGACGUUUGGAAUAGUCAUCACAGUGAAGUGGCUCAGCUUCUCCACCAAUCCCAGGCAGAAUGAGGAAGACAAGGAGAAAAGGCCACCCUCCCCGAAGAGUUUCCCCCAGCUGCCCACUAAACCCUGCCCUCUGCCCUUCCGCCAUCCCGAGGAGCACGACCACGACCGCCACGAAGUCCACCACCAGCCCCCCCAAGACAGCCCCCGCCCCUCCAUCUUCUCCCCGGUGGUGAGCUGCCCUCCUGCUCUGUCCCAGGGGGGUGGCCUGGACGCGGCGGCCCUGCUCCUGAGGGUGUGCCAGCUCUUCCACGCGGGACCACCUGUCUACGACCUGCAGUACCUGCAGACCCGGCCCGACGGCUUCCUCUCCUUCGCCUACAGGGUGACCGUCCCGGGCCUUCCGCUGCCCUUCACCGGCGUGGUGCAGAUCCUGCCCGGCACGGGUGCGGCCACCCUGCAGGACGAGAUCCGCCACGCGGCCGCCGAGCGGAUCCUCAGCGCCCUGUCCCACGCCUGA